AGCGGGUCAGGCACACUCGAGAGCGACCUCACACUACACAGACCUUCGCAGGGUGUUGAUUCGUGUGCAGACACAAUGGCGUGUUCCUGUGAGCACGUGAAGCUUCUGCUUGUCCUGGUGGCCUGUGCUUGCGUGCAGGCAGCUUCCGUCGCCAAGCCAGGCACCUCGGGGAACGGGACGCCCCUCAAGGACCAGUUCGAGUUCAAGCACCACAACAACGACGAGGUGGAGGAGGCGCUGAAGGAGACGGCGGAGCGGUGCAAGGACGUGGCUCGCCUCUACGCCCUCAGCGAGCCGUCUGUGAGGAACGUCCCGCUGUGGGUGAUAGAGUUCUCGGAUAAUCCCGGACAGCAUGAGCUCUUGGAACCCGAAUUCAAAUACGUGGCCAACAUGCACGGCAACGAAGUCCUGGGCCGCGAGCUCCUGCUGGCCCUCGCCCACCACCUGUGCCAGGGCUGGAGGGACGGCGACCAGGGCAUCAAGGACCUCCUGAAGGCGACGAGGAUCCACCUGCUGCCCUCCAUGAACCCCGACGGAUGGCAGCUCUCCACCGAUACUGGCGGUAAGGACUACCUCCGCGGCCGCUCCAACAACAACAGCGUCGACCUCAACAGGGACUUCCCCGACUUGGACCGUAUCAUGUACUCUAACGAGGCGAGGCAUAACAACUAUAACAACCACCUUAUGGCCCAGCUGAAGAGGCUCGAUCACCAGCCCCAGCCGGAGACCCUCGCCGUCAUGAAGUGGAUCGUGAACACUCCCUUCGUGCUGUCGGCCAACUUCCACGGGGACCUCGUGGCCAACUACCCCUACGACGCCUCUCGCUCGGGCGCCGCUCAGGAGUACGCUCGUAGCCCCGACGAUGAGACGUUCCGGUGGCCAUUCGCAGAAGUGUACCGCCUCCGAAUUACCAACAACCUUCACAUGGCCGAUCCUAAACGCCCAUCCUGCCAGCCCGGCGAGUACUCCUUCUGGGCCUGUAUGCAAGACUUCAACUACCUGUCUUCUAACGACCUCGAGGUGACCCUUGAAAUUGGCUGUAAUAAGUACCCGCCGGCAACAGCUCUCUAUCAGGAGUGGUUGGACAACAAGGACGCUAUGAUGGAGUACAUGUGGCAGAGCCACCUGGGCGUGAAGGGCGUGGUCAGGGACUCUCUGACGGGCCAGGGCGUCCCCAACGCGGUCAUCCACGCCAAGAACGUGACCCGCGUGAACGACACACACGUGAGAGACGACCACAUCAACCAUGACGUCACUUCCGUGCACGAGGGCGACUACUGGCGGCUGCUAACCCCAGGAACCUACGAACUCACGGCCGAGGCAGAGGGUUACCUGCCCCUCACCCACACUGUCACGGUCACCAACCCACGCCACUCUGAAGCAGUAAGGAGGGACUUCGACCUCACGCCCAUCCCGGAGGCGCUCGUUCCACAGGCGCAGGACGUCUACGAGGACUACCCGAUGCCCCAGGAGGAACUACCCCUCGAGGAAGAGAUCCUGGGAAGGCUCCGAAGCUUCAACCGCCUCCGCUACUGAAGCCUCGAAGCUCCGAAAUUCCGAGUCACACAACACCCGAAAGAAUGAACCACACCUUCGGCCAUUUUAUUCUGUUUCGGUCUCUCUGUGGGGAAUGAUGGAAUAUAUGUUUCUUUUUCUAUCAUCUGUUUUGUCUGUCGAAUAUCUAUAUCGAUAAUUUAAGUGAUAUUGAUUGAUUGGUUUGGUUAGAUUUGUCAUAUAAAGCAGAAACUUUUAUCUUAGCCUCUGGGUUUUUUAAUGCUUCAUUUAUCCGGUCUCAAGUCUCUGGACAUCUGCCGGAUAAAUGAAAUAGCACAUUUUGAUUCAUUUUAUCGACCAUGAAUGGGGUACACGUGAUCUAAUUGGCUGAUUUGGUGCUUAUCUACCUCUGAAAGUAAAUUUUAGUACAUAAUGCUUCAUUUUCCCUCGAUCUGGCAACAUCUAAGGGUAGAUUAGUUAAUGAUAAUUCAUUUAAUAAUUCAGAUAUCAGUUAUCUAUCGUUGAUGGAGUGCUGCUGAUUAAUUUAAUGAUGAUUUUUUCCAAUAUAUGAUCCAGCCACCUCCUUAACUAUUGUACAAUUGGUUAUAUAAUUGAUUUAUUAUAAAUAUUCAUCUUCGUUAUUUUACUGACGACUAAUAUUUAAUUAUCAACUAUACUCGUAGAUCAUUGAUAAUUAUUUGCAGUCAGGGAUUCUGUCUCUUGGCGUGGUUGUGGUCCAUUUCCAUAGAUAUAAAAUAAUUGACAAUAUCACUCAUAUUAGCGGUUGGCACUAUGGGGUCUGUUUUAUCCAUCAAGGCUUUUAAAGAGAAUGUAAAUAGAGAUUAUAUUAACAUCAAUUACAGAGAUAUAAAUGAAUCUUACUUAAUACUUUCUUUUAGUAAAUGCAGAAGGUUUUAAUAUCUCUGCAAGUUUUGAAAAGUUACAGUUACUCCAUCUAUAACACACGUUUUCCAUGCAUUUCCUUCAAAACCUCUUAUAAUUAUAUUUUUAUAACAUUAUCCGGUGUGAAAAGGCCUUUAAAAUCAAACAGUAAUACGAAAGGAUUAUAAAAGAUAAUGUUUACUUGCGAAUUUAGUUUAAAAACAGUAAUACAAAAGGAUUAUAAAUGAUAACGUUUAGUCGCGAAUUUAGGUUAAAAAGUAAAUCUUUCAUUGUUCUAUUUAAAAUCAAACCAACAACCCACAAACAAACAGAAAUACAUGUAAUUAAUAAUUUUUAAAAGACCUAAAUUUCUGUCAUAAGUGUGGCUCCCAAUGUAAACAAACUGUCCGAAGAGUUAGAAGUGUAUUAAAAGUGUGUUAAAAGUGUGUUACUUAAGAACACGUUGAGCAUUAGAGUACAGACGAGGCUGUAAUACACUCCAUACCUUUUUGUGUUAAACAUGACCGAGUAUAUAUUAAAAAAAGAAAGGUUUCUGCUUUGUAAACAUGGCUGGAAAGGAGGUUUUAAAAGAUACUAAUGGCGGUAACUUUUCACAGGGUUAGGAGAAUUUUUGAUUCACGGCAAAAAAAAGACUUAUUAAGAUUAUAAAGAGAAAUAUUAAUUUACGGAGAAAAGCACUUGCAUGAAGACAUUACUUCAUCUUCACAUUUCUGUAGAUAGAAUUGUCCCAUGAUACAUACUGUAAGUUA